AUGCCUUCCUGUGGUUCUCCAAGUUCUCAACUUUCUUGCCAUUCCGACUACGGUACCUGUUCUGUUGCUUCUUCGGAUGAAGAUGUUGUUUCAAACGUACAACGCACAGCUCCAGGAAUCUGUCCACACUGCCAGAAAAUAUUUGUUGAGCCAAUGACUCUUCAAUGUGGACACUCAUUAUGCUAUAAAUGCAUUCAAUCCCUACUGGCUCAACAAGCUCCGUUUAAAAUUAGAAGAAAUAAAAUUAGGAUGGGGAUAAACAGUUGUCAUAUGCUACUAGAUAGGAGUAUGACCGCCCAAAGUAGCCAAAAUGACAAGCCAAUCAUCUAUCAAUCUCCCCGUUGUAUUGUUUGUGGCGAAGGGGCCAAAUCUACUCCACCAGUUCCAAAUUUGGAAUUAAAGUAUUUCCUUGAAUCAAUCAAAAAUAGCAAGCAAACAACUUAUGUUAAUCCAGCAUAUAGAGAGGAAGAAGAAGACGUGGAAAAAAAAAUUCGCUUCAGUGACUAUGAUACUGAUGAGGAUCGUUCUUUCUCUAUUAGAGACUGUAAGAUCGCUGUCAUGGGAUCAGUAUCUGUAGGCAAAACUUCUCUCAGAAGAGUUCAAUAUGGAAAUGAAAUUCUUUUCACUGAUAUAUUAGGACAUAAAGGCGGAGAUGAUGAUAUCAAUAAUACCUGUAUGAUUGACAUUAUUGAUGGAGACAAUAGUGAUCAUGAUAUUGAAACUGCAGAUGGUUUUAUCUUAGUUUAUUCAAUUACUGAUCGUGAAUCCUUUUACGCUAUUAGAGAUAUUUACACAGCUAUAACAGAGCGAAGAGCUCCUAAUGUUCCUAUUGUGCUUGUUGGUACCAAAGCUGACAACUGGCGUAAGAGAAAAGUCGAAUCAUAUGAAGGGCAAGAUCUAUCCCGUUUUCUGAACUGCCCAUUUUUGGAAGUGUCCUCAAAGAGAAAUGAUAAUGUCAACGAAUCAUUCGUAGAGUUAAUGAGAAUAGUAGAAAGACAACGUCUUUUAUAA